GAACUGAACCUUGAUCUAAACAUCAAAUAAUUAUUGUUAUCUUAAAUUAUAUGUGUAUAUUUUAACGAUGAAUUUUUAAGUGGACAAAACUCUUUUAAAAUGUGUGCCUGUGGUGCGGAGAACUUUUCAAGCUUUUAUCCUGGUUGCAAUGCUGGCCCCCCAAAGACUUGUGAUUGUGGGCGUGCGGGAUCGGCGGGUGUACAAGAGACAAAAUUCUCAAAUAUGGUACCGCCAAGUUUUCUGUGCAAUCGAAUUGCUAACACAACAAAAACAAAGGAAAAGCCAAAAUCCUGCAGUUGUCCGACUAAAAAAGACAAGGUGGCCAAGAAGUGUAAAUGUGUAGACAAAGGUGUCGAUACGUGUGAUCUGGAGAACGAAGUGUGUAAAAAUGCUUGCGAAAUGAGUAAUGCAGACUAUACAAAUAUGAUUGCUGCACAUGGAACUGCAGGAGUUAAUCCUGCACCACCUGCCGUACCACCUAUUGGUAUAGGAAACGAUGUACCUGGCACUGCUUUUAUGGAAGCGAUAGAUCCUUUAAGCAAUGUUCUUGACAUGAAUCUGGAACAGCCACAACGGGUUGAAGCUAUGCCAGCAGCUGGCUUACCCAGCAGGACAUGUCCCCAGUUUGAUCCUUGUACAGGCCUGGAACGUCAAUGUUCGGCCAAGCCAGCACCGCAAGCAGCAUAUAUGCCUUAUAUGGGUCCAAUAAUUCCACUGCCCAGCCUGAGUCCCUAUUUCUAUCCAAAUUUUCAAUGUUGUCAAAAACCCACCCAAGGUCCAUGUUGCUGUGCGCCAAGUGCUCCAUUGCCGAAAUGUGCGUGUGAUGCAGGCGCCUCCACAACGGAAACUGCCAUCACCAAGGACAAAGUGGAAAAGGCCAACAACAACAAAGGGAACAAGAACAAGGUUAGGCAGCCCAAUGGUAAGAGUAAGGAGAAAAGUAACAAAGAACUUCAGAUUGUCAAUUGCUGCAAUGCGAGCUCGGAUCUCGUAGAGCGCAUUUGCACGUCCCUGCAAGUUCCGCGUCCACCGGAAAGUUGCUAUCUCUUGCUGCCGAUUAAAAUGGCCACUGAUGGCAAUGAAGAAUCUAUGCAACCCGAUGGCAGGCAACAAAAUGCGAAAAUUGAUUCACCAAGAAGGAGCAAAGAUGGUGAUAAUGGAUCACAACCAGCUAAAAAAUGCAACAAGCCGACGCGCAACUGUGGCUGUAACACGGUCAUCAGCGGAAACCUUCAGGACAACGAUGAGGAUCCACAACAGGAAGAGGACGAGGAAUACAAUAAUCCGUUUGGCAACUGUUGCAAUUCUUGCUGCAGUCCUGCUCGCUGUUGCUGGCCAUGCUGUUAUUAUAAUCCCUGCACGGGUUGUUAUUAUUGGCGCAAUAACUGUUGCUGUCGCAAAGGCUGCUGUAAUAAUUCCUGCAGCUCUUGCCCCCAGCCCUGUCCCCAGCCCUGUCCCCAAUCCUCUCCCCAGCGCUGUGGCCAAUGCUGUUCCCAAUCCUGCCCCUUACCAAAGGGUCAAUCGCAGAGCUCCAGCCCAAAGGAAGAAACUCCCAAUAAAGGUUCACCAAACUCCUCGAAAAGGUCUAGUGCUGACCGUGUCGUGGCCGGAGCUAUAACGACAUUCAAGCCUGAGAUCCAAGAGCUCUACGAGCGUUGGUUGGGAUUUAAUCAGUACGCAGUCGAUAGUCUCCACAGAAGACCACCAACUCCGAUUCAUUCCGGUCCAAUUUACUAUCGGGCGCCGCAGUUUACGUAUCGUACGUCGCAGUGUAAUAUCAGAUCAUUUAGAUCACCGCCGCCGCCGCAGGUGACGCCGCGACGAUCCGAGGAGGACAUUGAUUGGGCGCCACUUUAGUGUUUUAAAACAUGACCACAUUUAUCGAAAAAAUUGAAAGUGAAAGUUGAUAUAGUCGAUCACGAAACUUGAAUCAUUAUCACGAGCUAAAAAACUAUCGAUAGUUUCGAUAUCUUAGAUUACCAUUAUCGAUACUACCGAUAGUAGUAAUAACUCGGUGUUAUGACAAAAUUGUUGUAUUAUGACAAUAAAAAGUGUGCAAAAUGGA